UAGCAUUUUAAAAAAUCUAUUUUAAAAUUCCUUUUCUAAAAUUUCAAAAAGAUCCACUAACAUUUUUCUUUAGAUCUAUUUCUUUUGAAUUCCUUAGCCAAAAUCCAAAAAGAUCCACAUCCAUCCUUUGAUUUCCAUCUCCUUUAAAUUCCUUGACCAAAGUCCCCAAAUAACUUUCUUUAGAUUUUAUCUCCUUUGCAUUCUAUUCAAUUCCCUUCAUAUAAAAUUACCAAAAUUCUCUAUUCAAUUUGGGCCAAAAACUCCUCAUUUGGCCCAUUCCAUUCUCUUUUUUCUUUUCCCUCCAUUUUUUCUCGGAAUAAGUUAUCUAAGGUCCCUUAACUUGUCAACGAAUCCGAUUUUCGUCCUUCAACCGGAAAACCAGGUACAACAGGUCUCUCAACUAUCAAAACCGGUGCUGAUGAGGUCCCUCGGCGGUUUUGACUAACGUGCCGCCUACGUGGCUAAUUUAACUCGGUCUUCAUCUGACGUGGCAUUGACGUGGUGCUUACAUGGCAAUUUAUCUUGAAAAAUAAUAAAACAUGGAGGACCCAAAUAUCAGUUUCACAAAAAAAUAAUAAUAAAUAGUGGGACCUGCGUGGGCCCUACCUAUCAUCCUCUUUCUCCCCUCUUAUCUUUAUCAUCUCUCUCAGUCUCUCCGGUGGGAGAGGAGCAACGUUCGUGCUCGAGUGCCGGCCGGCGGGAGGAGAGGAGCGGCGGCCGGUGAGAGAGUGUCAUGUAUCUGGUGGGCUGCAUGGGCUGCUGGAGAAAUGGGCUUGGCCUAGCUCACAUACUGAAGGUGCAAGCAACCAAGAAGUAUAAAUACCAACCGUGGCAGUGAGAGAAGGCAUCGAUGAAUUAGAACCUGAUGGUUGUGGCCUCUUCUUCCUCCUCUUGAUUUCUCCUCUAAUCCCCUACUCUGUGUUUCUCUGAUUCCCUUUACCCCCUGCUUCUCUUCCCAAUCUCUGCUGCUAGUUCUUCCAAUUUGUAUCCCUAAACUUGAUAUACAGAGUUGGAGAGGAUAUAUUGCUCCUGUGCUUGUGUUCACCGGUGAGAUUCAUGUGGGAUCGUGACAAUAUGGUAUCAGAGCAGUCGAUUCAUGGGAUUCCGAUCCAGGAGAUGCAGUGGACGACACAUGGGGGCAGUGACGACUGUUGGGGCCAGGAUUUGAGCCAUGGAGGUGACAGUGUCGGAGGCGCCCGUCAGGUGUUCGAUGAAAUGCCAAGCCGGUUAGGAAGUGCUGCAGGUGCUGCACUCCAUGUCCAAGUGAACCACCUCAUCUACCCUGUGUCUACCAAUGUGAUGCAUCAAGUCUUCAACCCCUACGGAGCAGUGGCGGUGCAGAUGCUUGUGGUCGAUGCAUGGCGUGUGGAGGCAAUUGUUUGGUUUCGGACGACCUGCGACGCUGAGUGGGCUCAGGCUGAACUCCACGGCCGCAAUAUCUACGAUGGGGGCUGCGUGUUGGAUGUGCAACAUGUGCCGACCUUGCUCGAAGACAGAGCCGACAUUGCGCCCACCAAGUGUUCGAUGCAAGUACCAGUAUGUGCCACCACAAAGUCUGAUACCCAGAGCACUCCUACUACUCUGGAACACGUGUUCCCGGCCACCAUGAGCCCAUCUGCGGCCUCAACCAAAUCAGCAGUCACAACAACGUCGGCUUCACUCACCGAGGCCAUGGAGGCUGAGGCUAGCAUGGACAAGGUGGUGGAGAAUGCAGGCAAGGCCAUUCAAGACCUGUGCACUAGGAUCGAUCGGAUUUUGGAGGCAUUUCGCGACACCAAGGUGGAUUUAUCCGAGAACAAGGAUUCCACUAGAGAUGUGGCAGUGUUGAGCGCCAACACUAGUCCAACUACCAUUGCAUUGGAGGUCAGUGCUGAGGCCGGCCCAACUAACCAUGUUGACUCAGCCAAGCUUGGCAUGGGAACAACCAUCGAGUGUUCAAUGAAGGGGAAGAAUCAGUUGGUUGAUGAUGAUGGCAAAGACAUGGCCAACGAUGAGAGAACUGAGCUCAUUGAAGUGGAUACCAAGUUUACUUCUGUGAAUUUAUGCUUCAGAGAUCCAUGGUUAGCCCUCAAUGCAAUUCCUUCCAGGAUCUUGAUUGGGUGUCUAAGCCAUGACCUUGGUGUUAACAGUCUCUCGUUGGUUCCAUCUACGUUGGAAGUGCCAUACCAUUGCUUUGUAUUGGGCUCAGUAUGUAGAGUUAGCUCUCCACCAGUACCACUUUGGAGAGUGGCAGUUCCAUUGUACAGCGAUCAGGUCUAUUCAGGUUCUCGGCCCUCGCCAUGGCCUGAUCCAUGGUUGCAUUCAGGCAGCGGAAGUGUGGUGGUAUUUCAGCCUCUCCAACCAUGGCCACCCCCUCUACAAGCCAAGAGCAAAGGUUCUAUUGUUGAGCGGCAACUAGAACUGUGGCAUGAUCCUCAAAUAAAACAAGAUAACAAAGGUGUUGUGGUGAAUCUCCUACAACCCAGACUUUCACCUGACAAAUGGAAUGAGUCUUGGUUCAGUUGUGAUAAUGCUUGGGAGUUAGCACAAAGUCACUGCAAGUUCUUGCUGACAGAACACAUGGCCUUGAUUGCACAAUAUGAAAAGAAUCGCUUUGAGCAAGAUCUAAGUCUGUGUAUGGUAAGCAAAAGGGCAUCCUGGAAUCUUUGGAAUCUGUUGACUGAGGGAUCAAUAUCAUUAAUGGAAGCAAAAGCACAAUUGUUUAGGAGGAUGCAUUGGGUUGGUAGUAAAACUAUGGAUCAAUUUGUGUGGAAUUUAUGCAUGCCGAAUAUGGAGAAAUCACCAUGGCCACCACCUCCUCAUAAGAUCAGAACUGAUUUAUUGUGGUUGAAUUCGCAUGAAGUAUCAUCUCUCCAAUUCAAUGCUGAAUUCUGGAGGUUGCUGGCAAGAAUCAAUUUGUUUGAUUGUCAUUCUGGACAAGAGGAUAUGCAGCUGUUCCAGGCAGGUGCAAAGCAGUACUCUCCUUUGGUGGUUAGAAUGGCCCUUGCCGAUCAUUUACAAGCACCCUGGGACCCUGGAGGCAGUAACCUGGUUACUCUCUUGCAUGUUAGGAAGGACAGGCAGCAACCACCACCACGACCACUGCAAAUUGUCUUUCCUAUUGGAUUAUCUGGUGUGAAGGUCUGGCUAUUGUUUGCUCUCACUUUGGUGCAGUUCCUUGGAUCGGUUACCACGUAUAAUGCAAAGUUUUGGAGAUUUUCGCCUGAUAGUGUUUCAAUCCAAGGGAGUAAAGAAUCCAAUUUCAGGGUUGCAUACCUUAUGUGCAGAAGUUCAGAUAGGCAACUUGCAAGCAGCAAUAUAGCUCUGAACAUUCAAACAAGCUCUUCUUGUCAUGUUUUACACAAGUGUCGUCAAGUUCUAAAUUCUUGUCAAGCACCAAGUUCAUUUCAGCUCAAACUUACAGCAAGUUGUUUACUGGGCAAACAUUCUCUUAGAAGGAAAGGCAUAGGUUCUGUUCCUACUGACAAAAGAACCCAUUUACAAGUGCUGCUGCAUCAACUUAUGUACAAGAAAUCAUAUCAAAUGUAUGAGACCAGAGCUCAAGUGCUGAAACUGACAAGGCCUUGGAAUCUUGGAAUUCUUCUUCUCAACAAUUCCUUGAUGGCUAUCUACAGCAGAAGUUGUUGCAUCGACUUGGGGACAAGUCGAUUUUUAAGGAGGGAGGAAUGUCAUGUAUCUGGUAGGCUGCAUGGGCUGCUGGAGAAAUGGGCUUGGCCUAGCUCACAUACUGAAGGUGCAAGCAACCAAGAAGUAUAAAUACCAACCGUGGCAGUGAGAGAAGGCAUCGAUGAAUUAGAACCUGAUGGUUGUGGCCUCUUCUUCCUCCUCUUGAUUUCUCCUCUAAUCCCCUACUCUGUGUUUCUCUGAUUCCCUUUACCCCCUGCUUCUCUUCCCAAUCUCUGCUGCUAGUUCUUCCAAUUUGUAUCCCUAAACUUGAUAUACACAGUUGGAGAGGAUAUAUUGCUCCUGUGCUUGUGUUCA